AUGACUGAGGAGUGGAAAAAUAAACAAUUCCAGCAACUUGCGAUAUUCCGGGAAGUACGCCAACGACAAGUGGACCCCUCUGCUAAAUUUGAGGAAUUCCCACAGCCUGCGCCCUCCCACCUAGCCUUGCUACAAAUCUAUACCGAUAUAUUAGAUGGAAAGGACUCUGCGAGAACGGCAGCAAAGCAGAUCAACAACUGGGUGCUUUCAGUACCAGAUAAUGAUACCUGCUACGACAUUGCUGUCGCCUAUGGCGACGUACUCCUGGUUUUGUUGACAGCCGCACGCGAGCUUUCAUCCCGGAAACACCUCCAGAUCUUGGCAGAUCUCACAGUUGAACUGGCAAGUCUCCCCGACGUCUACAACGAUACAGACAAACCGAUGGUGUUCGAAGAAGGUUCUGUUGUAGUUCAACCAGGGCAAAGAAUUAAGCUGCCCUGUCAAACAGGAGGAGAGUUAUGGUCUGGGCUACUGGAUUUUGCUCUUUGUAUUAGGGACGACCUCCAUGACGGGCCCCUUCAUUUCCGCGCAGUUUCUGGCACUGGAGAUGGUAAUCAACAACAACCGUCUUGCGAAGCCGAAGACAUGUACACCAACGUCAAUACAUUCGCCGCUCUGAUAGCCCGACAAGACCCUCCGCAAGCAUCUCCGCUACACAGUUGUGUCGACUUUGCCUUUGCAACCUUCGCUUUCUUAGAACAUGGUCCUGGUACAAACUACGAUCAAGAGUCACACCUUACGGUUCGCGCAGCAGCUGCUUGGCUGAUCAUUGCGGGCGAACAACUGGUAGCUGCAGGGUCGCCUUCUACUAAAUACAACUAUACUUCUGGUAGUCUAUGGGAGGCUGAGGGCGGUACCAAUACAGUGGAUGUCAAACGACUGCGGUUCUGGAAAGACUGGUUUCAAAACAUUAGGGAUUCUGGAAGACUUUCGGGUCAAAAGGCUGUGGAAGCUACGAUUGAGGCUACGGCAGUUCUCGAGAGGUUGAUCGCUGCGCAAGAUGGAGAAAGUCUUAAGGCGCCUAGGUAG